AUCUUCACUAGUAAUAGUACUACUACCCACCUUUUUCUAUUCACUAAGCAUUGUUAUAUCUACCAGACAACCAUUGUCACUUACUUUCCAUUAGUGUUGUUACUACUUAACGUUGAAAUGGAAUUGCAAAUUCUGGACUCCAAGACAAAGAACAAAAUCUGUAUUUUGGAAAGAGUUCCUGCAAGCGCCAGUGUUGAAAUUGUAAAGGAAAUUUUUCAUAAAAAGUUUCCAAAACUUUAUCCAUCUCGUCAGUCCUUUCGUGUGGAACCACGUGGAAAAUCGCUGAAAGAUUCUGAGUUUUUGAGUAAAUGCAGCUUGGGAAAGGAUAACACUCUUUACUUCAAAGAUUUAGGUACACAGCUUGGGUGGUCCACUGUCUUUUAUUGUGAAUAUGCAGGUCCAUUGGUUAUCUACCUUCUGUUUUAUUUUCGCUUACCAUUCAUCUACGGCGAAAGCUUUGCAUUUACAAGUAGCAAGCAUCAAGUUGUUCACAUUGCAGCAGUCUGCCACUCAUUUCAUUAUCUCAAACGAGUUUUGGAAACAAAGUUUAUUCAUAGAUUUUCACAUGGCACCAUGCCGAUCAAGAAUCUGUUCAAGAACUGUUCAUACUAUUGGACAUUCGCUGCUUGGCCAGCUUACCUAAUAAACCAUCCACAAUACACCCCUGCCAUAUAUGGAGAUGUGCAGAUCUAUGUUGGUUUAGUUAUUUUCAUCCUCUGUGAAUUAGGAAACUAUUCUAUCCAUGUUGCUUUAAGAAAUCUGAGACCAGAAGGCUCAAAAGAAAGAAAAAUUCCUUUUCCUUCCACGAAUCCGUUUACAGGCAUGUUUAACUUUGUUUCUUGUCCCAACUACACAUAUGAAGUUGGAGCUUGGAUUGCAUUUGCAAUAAUGGUUCAAUGUGCAGUUAGUGUGUUGUUUGCCACUGUUGGUUUUGUACAAAUGGCGAUAUGGGCAUUGGGAAAACACAGGGCAUACAAACAAGAGUUUUCCAACUACCCACGUGGUCGCAAAGCAAUUGUCCCAUUUCUUUUGUAAUUCACCUUAAAACUUCAAAACAAACCUGUUUUAAUUUUUUCAGUGUUUUGUGAUUUGUGUUUAAUUGGAAUAUUAUUUUUUUCUGUUUAGGUUCAUAAAAUACUUUAAUUAUGUAUAACUUUACUUAAAGUCUAAUUUGUGCUCAAUAUUCAAUUUAUAGAAACUAUAGUGCUGGCAGUCUGUGUGUGGUUUGAUUCAAAUAAUGACUGAUAUAAACAUAGUUGAUGUUUAUUAAGCAAUGUUGGAUAUUUUAGCUGCAACAAUUAGGAGUGUUAUUAAAAAAAAUUGUAUAGCGUGUAUAUGUUUAAAGCGGUAUUUUAUUUAUUAAAAUUGAAAGUAGCAAAUUUGUUCGCAUGUAUGUAUUUACAAUUUAACCUAAUUUUGUGUGCUUAGA